GCAUGAAGCAGCCCACUUCCACAUACCAGACCCAGACCUCAAUUCAAAACACACCAAUCAGUUCCAUUCCCAAAACAUGAUCCAGCAUGGACCAAGAUCCAACCAGACUCCCAGUAAUGACGUCAACCGGGACUGACCUCUCUCCGCAUUUCACUCCCUCUCUACUACCACCAUAACUCCUCAACUCCAUCCAUUGACUUAACACAAUCAAUUCACCCCAAUAACCACCCCCUCCGAAAUUCCAAUCAAGAAAGAAAGAACAAAAUGUCCCUCCUCCUCCGCCCAACCACCCUCCUCGGCGCCGGCCUAGGCCUAUCCCUCGCCCUCCACCCGCUCUCCCCCCUCCGCACCCCCUCCACCCCAAUCCAAUGCCAAUACAGCGCCCCCUACUCCCGCCACGGGGACUCAUCCUCCGACCCCUCCUGGACCUUCAACGACCAGGACCCCCUCUUCCGCAAGCAAGGCAGCACCCACCCCGCCGCCAGCGGCACAACAACCCAGUCCGGCGGGAUCCUGACCGCGUCCAACAUGCGGCAGGUGAGUCUGGGGAGUGUGCUGGGGUUGGUCGCGGGGGUGGGACUCCGGGCAUUUUCGAGGGUCUUUGUUGUGUUGCUUGGGAUGGGCGUGGUUGUUGUUGAGUGGGCUGCUGCUAAGGGUUACAAUGUUUUGCCCGUCAAGCGCAUGCAAAAGUAUGUCAAGAGCUAUGAUCUCCAGCGAGUGGUAUCGCGCCAUAUCCCGUUUAAGAUGACUUUCGGGGCGACGAUGGCGUUGGCGGCGUUUGCGCAGUUCUAGGUCUAUAAUAUAAUGUAGGAGGUGGAAUAGGUUGUGGGUGUUUUGAACCAAAGAGAGAGAAUAAAAUAUUCGGGUAUCCGCCCUACGCUGGUGACAUGAAGAAG